UCUCGUGGGCGGAGCGGGACACGGAGGCAGGAAGCAGCCAUGGCGGACUGGGGCCGAGGUCAAAAUGCGUGCGCUGUGGAUGAUAUGCUAGAUGAUGAAAAUAAGCGCAUGACAGAAAACUUAGCCACUAAAGUCACCCGGCUAAAAACGCUUGCGCUAGAUAUUGACAAAGAUGUGGAAGAUCAAAAUCACUACUUGGAUGGCAUGGACUCUGAUUUUAUGAGUGUGACAGGUCUUUUAACGGGGAGCGUGAAGCGUUUCUCCACUAUGACCCGAUCAGGAAGGGACAAUCGCAAACUUCUUUGUUAUGUCUCUGCUGGACUAGUUGCCGUCUUCUUCAUCCUCUAUUACUUGGUGACAAGAGCACGGACUUGAGAGGGAUUGUCAAGAUUUGUACUGAAUGUUUAUUAAAGUGGGGCAAACCCCUGAUAAUGAAGGGGGAAAAAAACUUUGGGAGCCUGCCAAGUGUGCAUCCUGGGAAGAACUGUUCAAAUGUUCACAGUGAUCCACAGUCUCCAACAUGGACUCCAGUGUUCUCUUUCAAUUGUCCUGAGCUGAUUUCUUUACUUAAAAUAGGAUAUUGUUUUCUCUAAGUACUACUUCUGAAGGCUUAAAUACAGCACAAUUCAACUCCUUGAAAUGAAGCCUUCAUACAUUACUUUUCUGUCUCUGCUGGGCAGAAGGAAAAGCAUGCUGGCAAUGCGGUCUCCUAUAGUUUUAUGGUUCAUCAGGAAAAUCCUGAAAUCUCAUAGCAGAAAUGGUCCCAUACUCAAGUUAGAGUUUUAAAAAGUAUCACCUGGAGUACUAUGAUACUAUGAUACCUGCAUCUCCUGGGAACAAGUGUACUGCUCUUCUGGACAACUUAUUUCAAAUGUAAUUGUUUAACUUUAUCACCACUUCCUGGAAAUAUCAACAUUUAAGUUUACUAAAUCAUCUUUGCUUGUUGUUCUUAAGGAUUUGCUUUCUAGAACAGAAGUAUGUUCAAAAUACUCAGAAUGAAGUGAAAUGAAAACUUACAUAAAUGGUGUUAUCACUUCUUCAUUUUUCCUUCCUGUUUUUGGCUAGAUUAUUUACAUUUGUCUUUGACAACAAAUCUUACAACAAGUUAAAAUACCUUCAUUUAAAAAAAAUUGUUUUAAUCAACCUUCCUCCUUGGUGGUUUUUUUUUAAUUGAUUCACUAAUUCUAGAUUGAAGCUGCAGUCCUAUGCAAACUGUCUUGGCAAUGUGUCAAUGAACUCAGCAAGGCUUAAUUCUCAGCAGACAUAUAUAGGAUUGCACAGGAACUCUCCUGCUUAAUGAUUCCCCUCUCCUGAAAUCUUACAACUUUAGCACUCCUCAGUUUUAAUAUUUACUCCAAGGUUUUGGUACCUGGAGUUCCAACAGUGUAUUAACAGCAAAACUAAGGCCAAGCUGUAUUUACUUAACAUUGCAAUUCAAGGCAUGUGGACUGAGAACUAAGCUGCUUCUAAGCAAAUGUGUUUAGAAUUACAGCUUAAGCUUUUUGUGUCUUGCCUGGCAUUCUGUCAUUAAGCUGCCAAUGGCAAUCCAUUGUAUGUCUUGGCAGGUACAACCUGUUGAUCUUCAUCUUUAGCAUUUGAGUGAAUAUUCUACCUUGGGUGAAUCUUGCCCUUGCUGUCAACUAUUUCAUUACAUUUCCCCAUAGCAAUAGUACCUUCGCCUGUAAGUUAACUUGAGAAUAAAAUUAAACAAAUUGAAUACAUUUGUUAAUGUACCUUAUUUUCUGCAAGUAUACCUGCCUCAAGAAUUCAUUGUGAAAUACGGUAAGAUGUUACUAAGGCCUGUUUUUAGUUUCUUUUUAUCGUUGUUGUUCACUACACUAAAAUCUACUGGAUGAAGUAUUAUGUAUAAACAUUUUUCCUAAAUAAAAUCAUCACAACAGCAAAA